CAAGUAUCAUAUGACCUUACUAAGCCAAUUAAAACAGAAUACAGACGCAGGAAGUGUUGGGAAGCCAGGUUCUGUCCUAUUGUGUAACUGGGUCGGUGAAAUGUAUUUCUGGCCUGAAGCAGGAACGAUGGACUGGGGUUUUAUUGACUGAGGAUCAUAUGAUAUGGUGCAGUAGGCAAGUGGAAAUGUUUUACAAUAAAAUACUCCCAAGCAAUUAAGUAGAAAUGAUGCAGUCCAAGACUCUCAAAGGAUAAAUAUAAAAAAAAAAACAGGUUGCUUAAUAUAUAUAUAUUGGAAGAGCAGCCAUGGGAGUUCAAGGACUUUGGAAGCUUUUGGAGUGUUCGGGAAGACCAAUUAAUCCAGGAACACUAGAAGGAAAAAUCCUUGCUGUUGAUAUCAGCAUUUGGCUCAAUCAAGCUGUAAAAGGUGCUAGAGACCGACAAGGAAAUGCUAUCCAAAAUGCUCAUUUACUGACCUUAUUCCACCGGCUUUGCAAGCUCUUAUUUUUCAGAAUUCGACCUAUAUUUGUGUUUGAUGGAGAAGCUCCUUUGCUGAAGAGACAAACUCUUGCAAAAAGGAGGCAGAGAACAGACAAGGCAAGUAAUGAUGCAAGGAAAACAAGUGAAAAGCUGCUGAGAACCUUCUUGAAAAGACAAGCAAUAAAAGCUGCCCUAUCAGGAAAUAAGCAGAGCAAUGAAGAAUUGCCAAGCUUCUCCCAAGUUCCUAGGAAGGAGACUGAAGACUUGUAUAUUCUGCCUCCGUUGGAAGAUAAUGAGAACAAUAGCUCUGAAGAAGAGGAGGAGAGAGAAUGGGAGGAAAGAAUGAAUCAAAAACAGAGGCUGCAGGAAGAUUUUUUUGCCAAUCCCAGCUCUGUGGAUAUAGAAUCUGAAGAGUUCAAAAGCCUUCCUCCAGAGGUAAAGCAUGAGAUCCUGACUGACAUGAAGGAUUUUACAAAAAGAAGGAGAACAUUGUUUGAAGCCAUGCCCGAGGAUUCCAGCGAUUUCUCCCAGUACCAGCUGAAAGGUCUGCUGAAAAAAAACGAUCUGAACAAGUGCAUUGAUAACGUGCGAAAGGAGCUGAACCAGCAGUACUCUGGGGAAGUCCAAGCUCAGUUUGAGUCCGAAGGAGGCUUUCUGAAAGAGGUGGAAACCCGCCGUCUGGUCUCUGAGGACGAUUCUCAUUACAUUCUAAUUAAAGGAAUUCAGUCAAAACAGGAAGAGAAAAAAGUUGAUUCUCCUCCACAGUCCAUUACCUUUAAUUCCUCUCAAACUCCCAAAACGUACCUUGAUUUAAAACUAGCUUCUGCUCACAAAACAAAACCUUUACAAACCAGUUCUGCUGAAGCAGCACCCCCUUCUCCAAGGACACUCUUUGCUAUCCAAGAGGCAAUGGCGGAGAGCUGGGAUCAUGAAAAACACGAGAAGCCUUCUGUGUCUGGCUGUGAAGCAGAAGGGAAUGUAUCACCCAGGACCCUACAAGCAAUUUAUCAGGUUCUUGCAGAGGAUGAAGCAGGGGAGAGUAAUAAGAUAAAGGUGGUUCUGCAAAGUGAUGAAGAGAGGAAACCUAAAACAAAGGUACUAGUAAUAAGCAGUUCAGAUGAAGAGGAUGAUUGCUUAAACUAUCAGGAUGGAACAAAAACUACUCUUGGAGCCUCUUUAAUAAAGAGUAUUUCACCCAGUUCUAUGCAGUGUCAAGAAUCUACUGCAGACAGUCUGCCGAACUACACACGUUCUAAACCUGUCUCACAAAUAGAGGAGCCAAUGGCUGACCAUAAUCUGCAAGGUGAUAAUUGUAAUGUCCCUAAUGCCAAAGAUAAAUUAAUUGUUCCACCUUCGUUGGGCAAUGUUGACAAACCUAUUAUUUUGAGUAACACGAUUCCAGUUAAUUCUGAAUUCCGAAUCCCGUUACUUCCUGUGAAUAUGAGCAUGCGAGAAACUGUAAUAAUUCCUAACAACACUGGUAGCUUGGGCUCUUCCAGAUAUAUUAGCCUAGAAAGAGAUGCCACAAAGCAAGGUUUUUCUGACAAUCCAGUUGGGGAUUUAGUGAGGAGUCCAGAUGAACCUGCCCUGAACGCCUCAUCAGCCUUGAGUGACCGCAAAACCUCUGCUACUCAGUCGUUAUUAUGUAACAACAUCGAGUGCACGGAGCAAAGUAUGGUUCAAGGUUGUAGUAAUACCCUGGAUGUUACACAGGCUACGCAACCUUCAGGAGGAUCAGAGGUGAAUAAACCUGCAGAGUACAAUCCACAGGUUAAGAAAGUAUUUGGCAGCAAUGACUCAAGUGCCAUGUAUGUGCCAAUGACCCCUGAAAGUAUAAUUGUUAGUGAUGAGGAGUUUGUUAAUGAGAAGAAGGAGGACUCUGAUUCAGAUGACAGUUUCAUUGAAGUGGACAGUGAAUUUAGCACUAGCAACUCCCAACAUGUGGUAUUUAAAGAGCCAGGAGAUACACGUGAAACUGCAACUAACUUUCAGGCAGUUGAAGAAGGUAAUUCUGGAAGUCAAGACAUCCCCCUUGAACAUGAUAGUGGAGAACCACAUGAACAGUCAAACAGUGAAGAGUCGAAAGAUUUGGAUGACGUUAGCAACGAAUGGCAAGACAUUAGUGUGGAGGAACUUGAAUCACUUGAGAACAAUCUGUAUGUUCAGCAAACAUCUCUCCAAGCUCAGCGGCAACAGCAGGAACGUAUAGCUGCCACUGUUACAGGACAGAUGUGCCUAGAAAGCCAGGAGUUGCUACAGUUGUUUGGCAUCCCAUACAUUGUAGCCCCCAUGGAGGCAGAAGCUCAGUGUGCCAUCUUGGAUCUUACUGACCAAACAUCCGGAACAAUCACAGAUGAUAGUGAUAUAUGGCUUUUUGGGGCACGACAUGUGUACAAGAAUUUCUUUUCUCAAAAUAAACACGUUGAGUACUACCAGUAUGCGGAUAUUCACAAUCAGCUUGGUUUAGACCGGUCAAAGCUAAUAAAUUUAGCAUACUUGUUGGGAAGUGAUUACACAGAAGGGAUCCCGACAGUCGGUUACGUGUCGGCUAUGGAAAUCCUGAACGAGUUCCCUGGGCAAGGCCUGGAACCUCUUGUAAAGUUUAAAGAAUGGUGGAGUGAAGCUCAAAAGGAUAAGAAAAUGAGGCCUAAUCCAAACGAUACUAAAGUGAAAAAGAAACUGCGGCUCUUGGAGCUCCAGCAGAGCUUUCCAAAUCCAGCUGUAGCCAGUGCAUAUCUAAAGCCUGUGGUGGAUGAAUCAAAAAGUGCUUUCUCCUGGGGACGACCAGACCUAGAACAGAUCAGAGAAUUCUGUGAGAGCCGCUUUGGCUGGUAUCGGUUAAAGACUGAUGAAGUGCUGCUGCCGGUGCUGAAGCAAUUAAAUGCACAACAGACUCAGCUUCGAAUAGAUUCAUUUUUCAGGUUGGAACAGCAUGAAGCCGCUUGUUUAAAGAGCCAGCGAUUGCGCAGGGCUGUAACUUGCAUGAAAAGAAAGGAAAGAGACGUGGAAGCAGAAGAAGUAGAAGCAGCUGUUGCAGUCAUGGAGAGAGAAUGCACAAAUCAACGUAAAGGUCAAAAGACAAAUACAAAAUCCCAAGGUACGAAAAGGAGAAAGCCAACAGAAUGUUCUCAGGAGGAUCAGGAUCCUGGAGGGGGAUUUAUUGGCAUUGAGUUGAAAACGUUAUCUUCUAAAGCAUAUUCUUCAGAUGGAUCCAGCAGUGAUGCAGAAGACCUGCCCUCUGGCCUAAUUGAUAAGCAGAGUCAAAGUGGCAUAGUUGGCAGACAAAAAGCAAGUAACAAAGUAGAAAGUAGUAGUUCAAGCGACGAUGAAGACAGAACAGUCAUGGUUACGGCAAAACCUGUAUUUCAGGGCAAAAAAACUAAAUCAAAAUCUAUGAAAGAAACUGUGAAAAGAAAAUGAAUUCUCCUACAUAUUAACAGUGUGAUUUUGCUUUUUACAAAUACAUGGGAUCAGUCUUAACUAGAUGUGUAUCAUUGCUUGACUUCAUUAAAUUCAUAUUUAUAAAUAA